GUCCCAUUCUUCCAUCACUGCGUCCGACCCCGCCCAAUCUGCCCCGCGACGCACUGCGUCUCUGGGCAGAAGGAGCGCGAAGGGCUAAGCGGGUGUCCCAACUGGGUUCGCGCACCGAUGAACAACGAUAAACGGACCAACGCGAGGUCCAGUCUCGGACGCCAUCUCAAGGUGGAUGUAUGCGCUGGGAGAAGCGCAUGCUGAGUAGAGGAUCAAUGCAACAACGCGCGCAAGGAGCUGAGGAGUCUCGGGGCCUUCUAUGUCGCUCACGAACCUCCGCUGCAGAGCCCGCCAAAUUCCCCGAAUCUCAGUCCCGGUGCGGCACGACAGCAAGGGUGUUGUACGCACCUCGAACGCAUUGCUGUAGCCUAUGCUGAAUGAGUGAAGCUAGAGAGGCAAACAGGGACGGAAACGAUGGCUUGCGCAGGUAUCACAAC